AUGGACAAGGGUGAGGCGCCACCGAUGUAUGUGUGUAGGAAGUGCGGAACCCAUCUGGCACUACAGGACGAGCUCAUCUCCAAGGCCUUCUCAGGGCGUGACGGCAAAGCCUACCUCUUCCACUCUGCCAUCAACAUCAUCGUGGGUCAAUCCGAGGACCGUAAUCUGCUCACGGGCAUGCACACUGUAGCCGAUAUGCGCUGUAAAGGAUGUCAGACGGUCGUGGGAUGGACAUACCUCAAGGCUUGGGAGGGAUCGCAGAAGUACAAGGAGGGCCGCUUCAUCAUGGAGCACUCUGCCCUUCACAAGGUCAAUAACUGGUCUUGA